CACUUAAUGAAAGAUACCUCGGAUUCGAUCUCGUCUCAGUGGCACGCGAACGACGAUCGCGUCGCGAUUUCUCCUCCGUCUUCCGCGGAAGAGACCCUCGAUUCGUAUAUACGUGUGUAAUAUUAGAGUCCCUCUUGCCAUCGCAUAAUCAAUUUAAUCUCGCGAGACGGUAUAUAUUCCCGUACGGUACCCCUAGCAAAGGAACACACCGGUCUUGGCCGCGCUUUGAUCCACACACACACGUUGCCUUAAUUUGAUCAAUCUCUGGGAGUUGGUGAGACAUGGCCGGCGCGAUGUGGCCUGGAGUACUACCGUUACUGGUGUUACUAGCGGUCCUGCUGCAUCCAUCGAGAUGUACGCAGACGCAGGUGAAGGUGAACUUUCGGGAGAAGGAGAAGCAAGUGCUCGACAACAUCCUAGGACCAGGCCGGUACGAUGCGCGCAUCCGGCCGAGCGGGGAGAACGGAACAGAUGGGCCGGCCAUUGUCCGGGUAAACCUGUUUGUGCGAAGCAUUGCGACAAUUAGUGACAUCAAGAUGGAAUACUCCGUACAAUUAACAUUUCGGGAACAAUGGUUGGAUGAGAGAUUACGGUUUAAUGACUUUGGAGGUCGACUUAAAUAUUUAACUCUUACGGAGGCGUCGAGGGUUUGGAUGCCGGAUUUGUUUUUCUCGAACGAAAAGGAAGGUCAUUUCCACAACAUCAUUAUGCCCAACGUAUAUAUACGAAUUUUUCCGAAUGGCUCGGUUCUUUACAGCAUACGGAUAUCCUUGACGCUUUCCUGUCCCAUGAAUCUGAAACUGUAUCCCCUGGACCGACAAGUUUGCUCACUUCGCAUGGCCAGUUACGGAUGGACGACGGACGACUUGGUCUUUCUCUGGAAGGAAGGCGAUCCCGUUCAAGUGGUCAAGAAUUUACACCUACCCAGGUUCACCCUGGAGAAGUUUCUCACGGAUUACUGCAAUAGUAAAACGAACACCGGAGAGUACAGUUGCUUGAAAGUGGACCUGCUAUUCAAGAGGGAAUUCAGCUACUAUCUCAUCCAAAUCUACAUCCCGUGCUGCAUGCUCGUUAUCGUGUCCUGGGUGUCUUUCUGGCUGGAUCAGAGCGCCGUGCCUGCCCGAGUGUCACUAGGCGUUACGACACUACUGACGAUGGCCACGCAGACAUCAGGGAUAAAUGCCUCACUGCCACCGGUCUCUUAUACCAAGGCCAUUGACGUUUGGACGGGGGUGUGCUUGACCUUCGUGUUCGGCGCUCUACUCGAAUUUGCGUUGGUCAACUACGCGUCGCGCAGCGAUAUGCACAGCGACAACAUAAAGAAGCAGUUCCCGCCGAGCGAGAUGGAGCAUUCGUCGUCGAUCGACCCAUCCUCGGAGCUGCUCGAGCCGGACGGAUCCGCCAACUUCGCCAUGCGUCAUCAGCGUGCCGGCGUUAGUCAGACGAUGUCGCAGCAUCAUUCGCUGCCGCGUAUAUAUCAACAGGACCACCAUCAGCAGCAGCAGCAACAGCAGCAGCAUCACCACCAGUCGCAUCGUCAUCAGCGUUAUCAUUCGGAUCGCUCGCCAUCGCCGUCUUUCUCGCCGUUGAACGACGAAAAUUGCGUCGCCGGCCGGUGCUCUCCGAUGCGAGCAUCGCGACAUCAUUCGCGCAGGAGCUCGGCAAGGUCGUCGCCAUCGCCAUCACGAUGGCCUUCCCCGGCCUCCUCGGCAUCACCGUUGGGCACGCCGUCACGUACAAUGUCGCGCGUUGCGACACCCUCGCCGCCGAUCGCUGCGCCGACGUCAUCCACAGUGCCACCGUCCGCACCGGCGACGGUAUCAUCGCAAAAUGGCUUCUGGACCAUAUUGUGCCUACCGCACAAACUGUUCACCUGCCGCACCCAAGGCAGCGCGAGGAUCGACAUCUUUGCACGCGUUGCCUUUCCUCUCGUAUUCAUUCUCUUCAACUUCGGGUACUGGUCUGUUUAUCUGUUUCCCAUCGACGAUACCAUAAAGAUAGAGAAAUGAGAAAGAAGAAACGGAAAGUGUGACGGAAUCAGAAUUGCAUGUACGAAACCAGGUCCUUAAAGAAGUGGUGGCUCGAGGCAACUUUACAAAAUUGUCGAUCUUUCAAAAAAAAAUUUUUGACAUCAACGAGAUCGCAAUCAAGUCGCAUUUAUUCAAUAAGGACCGAUCGGAGGCACUUCGACGAAAAGAGAUUCUUCUACUGUCCGCGCCCGAAAUGAAGAUAUUCCAAGACGAGGAUCAUCCAAGAGAUGCAACGAGGAUGUUAGCGAUGCUAGAUAUCUUACGACGGUGGGUAAAAAACGAUGAGGAUGAUAAAACGUAACACAUUACCCGCGCGCACUUUACACAUUUAAUACACGUACACACACGCACACCGUACCUUAUGACCGCUCGGAAGACCGCGUGCCACAGACUGAACUGAAAGCGUAGUGGGCCCUGUAUAGCCACGGCCUGUUAACAAUUUAAAAAAAGCGUAAAGUUUAUAAGUAUAAUUAUAUCUACGUUGCGUAAAAUGGCGCGUCGUCCAGCGAGCGAGCUCGUUUGUCGACGCGCGAGCUACGGAUGCGUCCGUCGUUGCGAAUUGACGUCGGACGACUCCAAAUUCGGUAAAUAUUACCGUAAAACGGGGUAAAAUAAUAACGCGCGACAUAUCGCGAUAACGAUGAUCACGCUCCGAUUUCUUCGCAAAACGAUAGUUGCAUCGGUAAUGUUUGUACAGGAGAUGUUUCGUUGUCGUUUCGCAAAGAAUACGGAACGAUCUGCAUUACCUCGUUGUGUCACAUGUUGCCCCUUCUUAAGACUGCACAGGGGGAUUGACCGGAAUGUUUGACGCUGCAAAAUAUUGGGAGAUAUAUCUAUAAAAGUGUUGAAUAUUCCGAUAGUUUUCCAAGUGUGCAACGGCCUGCUGGUAUGAGCUGGCAGAUUUAUCAACUCUAGCGGUAUCAAGGAGCUUCAAAAAUUCACAUAUUUUUGAGUUAUCUUUUUUUUCUAUUUGUCUCGUAAAUAAUUUAUAUAAAAGAAAAACAUGAAAAACAAAAAACGAAGUGUAAAAUUGAAUCGGGAAGAUUCAACCGUUGUAAUUGAACGCUUAAGAUCGGUGGAUGUUUUAGAAAGUAUCUGCUCCUCUAUCACUGAUAACAAGACGAGAGACGCCUUGGUAUCGCUAAUUUUAAUCCUUAUCCGGGCGAUUCUUUUCUCUUUUGUAUGAAGAAAAGCUAAUACGCUUUCGCCGAAGCGAUCAUUUGGCGUAAAUUAUCGACGAAUUGAGAAUUCGUAAUAUUUUGGGCGAAUUACAGAGGAAAUACAGUAAAGGAGAUGUUAUUUUUUUAAUCCAAAGCCCGGAUAAAGAUUAACGCGCAGACGCGAAUACGAGCCGAAGGCGACCACGGACUCGCGAUACAAAAUAUAUUGGCGAGGCAAUCGCGUCGCGCGCAAUUCGCGGAUAACGUAUUUCCUUUUUCCGCUGCCCCGGGUCGGUCGCCCAGGAAAGAAGGGGAGAUCCCCGGCUCGGGGCUCUCAUACGUAUUUUGCUCAGAAGAGAUCGGCGAUGCCGCGCGUGAAAAUCUACCCUCGUCGACUUAUUAUUCUACUUGUCGCGAGGAACUGGCGGUGUCGUCGAUCUCGCGGACGGAAUGAGGAGACGACGAAGACACGCAGAACGUGCUCAUAAAGAAAAAAAAACGUAAGAAAGAAAGAAAAUACGGUGCGGACGAUAGUUGUAUUUUUUGAAACUCGACGGGAGACGCUAAUCCUCAAGCGAGAGACGACACGGCGACCCCGGCAAGCCUCGACGAGAGCACACCCCGUUACGUACUCGGUGGUUAACAAGGAAACGGAGAAGGUGCGCGAUUGGACAUGCCGUUUCUUGCGUAUAUUAUUAUUUUUCUGAAGAUUAAGACCCGUCUCCAAAUCUUGAAUUUAGAAAAUUGUCGGGGAAUAACUCCUCCCGACUGAUAAUUUGCAAUGAACGGAGAUUCACGCGUGUCCGAUCAGCAUCCCUCCGUUUCUCCCCAUUCGUGUAUCUUCCUUUUACUUCGUGCAAUCGAUGAAACCAUGCGCGUGCGUAAGAAGAAGUAACUAUCUCGCGGAUUUGAUAGUCCGCUCGCGACGUCAGCUAGUACACCUCACGCCUUUAUAAGACCGUGUGUUGUAUUCGGAGACAGGCAUAUAUAAAUUCGUCUUCUUUCUGCAAUUACAAUUAUUCGUGUGAUAAACGCGAUUUAAUGCCGAUGUCAUUAUUUCAAGAUUCGAUUGUCUUUAAAACGAAAAAUGUAUCUGUCUCUGGGAUACAACAAACCUCCGGGAUCACGCGUAUGGAACGAAAAGUAUCCUCAAGAAAACGGGAAAGUCGUCGUAAAUGCAGAUACAAAUGUCAUUAAUCGAUGACUGUGUUUUUUUAUAACGAAAAUCGCCGCACUUUUCGAAAAUAUUAUCAUAAAGGUAUAAGGGAUAUUAAGCUGCGAGAGUUUAUAUUUACGUCACACGAUUCAACUAAAAAUUAUACUCUUAAGUAUUAUUUAGGCAGAUCUCUCCAAGUCCUGAAGGAAUAAAAUCGAAUAAUCAUAAACGAGAAUUAUUUCCGGUAGUCGAGAGAUAAUUAUAUGCGCAAAGCUACGAAAAAAUCUUGCGUUGAAUUUUUUCAAGAAGGAAGCCAGCUUCCUGUCACUAGUACCCCUCGUCGCAUGCUGAUCACUUUUUUGGAAUUCAACAAUUGAUAAAAUCUAACAAUCAAUUUUUUGACGGAUAAAUACUGUAAUCUCUCGAUCUGUAAUUUGUUGUCUAGCGCAAUUCAGACUAAUAGUACACUCGCAAAUCCGGAUGUAGAUUAAAAUUGGAAUCGAUUGCACGUUUGUGUGUGAAAUAUUUGAAGCGUCACUUCAUACAAGUAAUUUAAGUAGACGAAUAAUAAUGAUCAAUGUAUUACAACGUGCACACAACGUUAGCAAUAAUUACAAGGGACACUUGAUUUUUAUUGUUUUGCUCGUAUUUUUCGAAUAUUCUUAUGUAGAAUAAUUAAAUCGUAGACGUGGUAUAGAUGAGAUCAUCACAUUUGUUUAUCCGGUUUAUUUCGAAUUUUGCUUCGUGUCCAUCUAUACCAUGACUACGAUGAAUAUGAUAGACUGUCGUUGUUUGCGCGUAAACACCCGGUAUAUUACUGGCUUUCGCGUGAGCCGGGAGUAAGCGACACCAUGUAUACUUAAGAAGUCUCUCUGUAAACGUCUCUGUACGUUAGAGAUUUGAAGGGACACAAAGCCAGUAUUUACGAAACGAUUACAUGUAGAGAUCUAUGUAUAUAUAUAAUGCAUCGAUUAUCGAAUCUCUCAAUAGCGUAUAGAUUCACGCGCACAUCUGUAUUAGCGAAUCUUGUGGAUAGCCGAUGCAUCGAGCGAUUCGACAGACUUAAAUUAUUGCAAGAUCUCUUGCAAAGAACUACAGGCUGUUAGUAGAAACCGCCUGAAACUUUUCGCAUCUUUUUAAUCAACGCAACGCAAUGAAUAUUCGAUUUUGCGUCGUGCUCUGAAAUACUUUGCUUCCUUUUUUUGCAUUCGAAGCAAGUCAUGAGAAAAUAUGAUCGAGAGAUUAUAUCGGAUAUUCGUAUUAUCUCGGAUAUAAAGUUACGAGUCAUUUCAAAAAAAUUACUCUUGUGCUUUCUAUUCUCUCUUGGCAACACAAACAGGCAAUCCUAGAAUUUACACGAUAGUUUGAAAUGGAGUCGCAUAACGAACAGCGAGAUAAAUUGUCUUUCUUCGAGAAAUCUUUUUUCCUGCUUCAUGUUUGCGUAUCACGAAAACGAGGGGUACAAAAAAUCGAUGACAUUCUUAGCAAAUUAAUUUGAGCGACCGAGCAACGAUUGCUUCCAACGUUUUAUCUCUCAUCAUCGAUUCGCUUCCUUUUUGGAAGCCGCUGGCUCUUCGAGAUGAGGCUUCCGGCUAUUUUAGCGGUUGCAGACAAUUGACUGACGUUUAAUUAUAGAUAUCAUCGAAUCUACUGCACGCACGCGCCGGCACGCGUCACCGGAUUGCGUAUCUUCCUCAAUUCUAAAUCGUAAGAGUAACGUUAAAAGAUUCUGGGAUAGAAAGACCAAAGCAGAUCUGUAUCGCGCGGAUUGAGGAAGUUACUUCCGGUGACCGGAAGUUAGGGACGACCGUGUAAAACUUCACUCUCACACUUGUCACUCGCUUGCUUGGAGUCACUCGAGUCCAGGUGAGAUCGAUUCGCACACCGAAAAAAAAAAAAAAAAAAACAUAGCGUCUCACACACAUAAGUACACACAUGAAUAUAUGACCCUUGCACGA